UUUGCGUUAUCGGGAAACAAACGACGUUCGCGCUUGGUUCUAAAUUCAAAUCGUUUUCAAAAUGGCCGUUGGAAGGAUAUUGUUGUUGUUGGCAGUUUUGGUGAUUUUGGAAGUGUGUCAUAGCCAAAUAAUCGGCGGCUUCGGUGGCUACGGCGGCGGUAUCGGCGUCAUCGGCUUCGGUCGGCGUUACGGCUACGGCUACGGCGGCUACGGCUACCCUGGCUACUAUGGAGGCUAUAGGCCUUUCUACCCCCCUCCACCCCCACCGCCACCGCCGUUCUUUGGAUGAGAUAACUGACACGAUACAUAUAUUUAGCUACGAUGAAAAUUGGAU